GGAGGCGUUGGUCGAGCAAUGCGACUGUCGCGUUUCCGAGGAGCACACAUCUAGCCAUCUAGCAGCAGAGCAGCCGUAGUCGCUCAAGUGUUUUGGCGCCGAAGUGGAAGCGGCCUGGAUGGAGAGGACGGGUGACUAACACCGUCGCGCAACUCUUUCCAGGCAGGCUACAUGCGAACCCGCGCUGACAUGAAGCUCGUAGAACAAACUGUCAAGAGCUUCCGCGUUGCCAAAGUGUUCAGAGAAAACUCAGACCGCAUUAACAGCAUUGACUUUUCACCCACUGGAGAGACGCUCAUCUCCAGUUCGGAUGAUGACUCCAUCGUCAUAUACGAUUGUGAGAAAGGAACACAUAAGCGUACCCUGAACAGCAAGAAGUAUGGUGUGGACCUCAUCCACUACACUCAUGCAACAAACACCGCCAUCCACAGUUCCACAAAGGUGGACGACACAAUAAGGUACCUGUCCCUGCAUGACAACAAGUAUAUUCGCUACUUCCCAGGCCACACCAAAAAGGUGGUGACUCUGUGCACAUCUCCCGUGGACGACCUGUUCCUGUCGGGUUCUUUGGACAAGUCAUUACGGCUCUGGGACCUACGCUCACCCAACUGCCAGGGGGUAAUGCACCUGACUGGCCGUCCCGUUGGCAACUUUGACCCCGAGGGCCUCAUCUUUGCGGUGGGGCUCAACUCCGAGCUGGUGAAGCUCUAUGACCUGCGCACCUUUGACAAGGGCCCCUUCAACACGUUCAAGCUUCCGCAGGACCGGGACUGUGACUGGACGGGGCUCAAGUUCAGUCCCGACGGCAAGAGCAUCCUCAUCUCGACCAACGGGGCCCUCAUCCACCUCAUUGACGCCUUCCAGGGCACACCCCAGCAGACAUUCACCGGCCACAUGAACAACAAGGGCAUUCCCCUGGAGGCAUCCUUUAGUCCGGACUCUCAGUUUGUGUUCAGCGGCUCGACAGACGGUCGAGUGCACGUGUGGAGCACGGCCGAAGGGGGCACACGCACCGCAGUGCUCAGCUGCGACCACACGGGGCCCGUUCACUGUGUCCAGUUCAACCCGAAGUACAUGAUGCUGGUCUCUGCCUGCACAAACAUGGCCUUCUGGCUACCAAGCAUAGACGACUUGUGAAACGGCGGCAUGCUUCCGGGCGGCAGCAGGACUCUGGCGAGACCGGCAGUCUUCACUGAACAUUUUGUGCAUAGGCUCUAUUGCCGCAUUUGUCUCUGCCACCGUCGCUUAACUUAUUGGAGAUUCGCGAAAAGGACCCCGCUCUGCAUACUACUACUUUCAUGAAUGAUUGCUUGCAUCACCUGAAUUCAUCGAUCUCAGCAUUAUCCUUCAUAAUUGCUCGGCUGCAUUAUUUUGGUUUUUACAGUUCACUUAAGGGAGGGUUUUCAAAGUGAACAAGCCAUGAGAUGGGCAAAUUCCUGUUCCUGCCAGAGAAUUUUGCUAUUAGUUUUUUUUUUUUUUCUCGCCUGCAACAGAAGAAGUGCAGUGAUGCUGUCCAAAUAUUGACUACAGUGUGGCACCAAAAGGGAUGUGCUGGUCAGAAAUGGCAAUUAUAAUUCAAGCAAAAAUGCCUCUCCAAAUCAACCAGGGAGCCUUGACAGCAUGGCUCCUUUCAAGGUGCUCUCUUGUUCCGCUUGUUUUUGUACUAGAUUGCCAAGUGAAAUGGUUCAUCUGUGGCAGCAUGGGAUAAGGCCACUUAAGCUUGUUUUAUUUAUGGGCUAACAGAAAAGGGGAUUUCGCCAUUGUUUGGGGAUGAGUGACAGCUGUUGUCGUCGCCUGUGUACCUCAGAGAAAGUGCUGCAUUGAUGAGUGCAAGUGCUCGGCUUGUCAAAAGCUGGUCCCCUCUUCCUCUUACAUGGCUGUCUUGUUCUCAUUCAUUGUUGUCAGCUUUUAGUCCACCAUUUUUUUGUUUUGUCACCGUAUCAUUUGCAUCAAUGAAAGCUUCUUUUUUGUUGAGCCUGUGUUACGACCCUCUAUGGGUGUCUGCUUUGUGAAGUACGUUAGAGAGUCAUCAGUUGUUUGACCUGAAAUGCAUUUAAAGGUGCAUCUUCUCUCUUGUACAUUGUGGCUUAGUGCCUGUUUUAACUGGAACUACUGUUCCAAGAAGUCACACAACAGGGUUAUAGCUGUUGCAUGCUCCCACCGAAGUUCACUGAAUCAAGACUGAAGAAUAAUGCAAGAAGAUUUGGCGGAGGGCUCUGGCUCAUUCGUGGACUUAAAUGCACACCCAUGCUUCUGAUGAAAUGCUUCACUGAAUGUAUAUGCAUUCUCACUGUUUUAAUUUUUCCUCAUGGAGCAAAUUAAAAAAAGUUAAAAUCAUGGAGGCAGAGGGGACCACAUACUUGAGAUCUCCCGAAAAGGAUGGGUGGGUGCUUGCCUGGGAUCUUACGUUAGUCGCAAUGCAAUUUUUAUAGCCUUGCAUAAAUUGUUCAUCACAACUUGGUUGUAGAACUGUUAGUUUCUGGAGUGUUUUAUUGCGUGUUCAUGCUUAAACUAUGUAAUUUCCAAGAAAUCAGUCUCUGAUGGAGUCA